GUUCCCCAUCCCCGCAAGGCCCAACAUGGCGCCCGCGUUGCCGCGGUAACGGUCACUUCCGGCGGCGCUUCCACCGCCUCUUCCGGUCACGUGCGGCGAAGAUGGCGGCGCCCGCGGCGGGGCCGCCGCCGGUGCUGCGGAUCGUGGCCGAGUGCGGGCGGAGCCGCGCCCGGGCCGGGGAGCUGCGGCUGCCGCACGGCACCGUGCCCUGCCCGGUGUUCAUGCCCGUGGGCACCCGCGGCACCGCCAAGGGCCUGACGGCCGCGCAGCUGGCGGCGCUCGGCUGCCGCAUCUGCCUCGGCAACACCUUCCACCUGGGCACGCGGCCGGGCUCGGAGCUGGUCCGGCGUUCCGGUGGCCUGCACGGUUUCAUGGACUGGCCCCACAACCUGCUGACGGACAGCGGGGGGUUCCAGAUGGUCUCGCUGCUGGAGCUGUCGCAGGUGUCGGAGGAGGGGGUUCGGUUCCGGCCCCCCCACGGCGGGGAGGAGAUCCUGCUGAGCCCCGAGAGAUCCAUGGAGAUCCAGAACGAGCUGGGGGCCGAUAUCGUGAUGCAGCUGGAUGACGUCGUGAGCAGCACCACCACGGGGCCGCGCGUCGAGGAGGCCAUGCACAGGUCCGUGCGCUGGCUGGAUCGCUGCGUGGCCGCUCACGCCCGCCCGCAGCAGCAGCUGCUCUUCGCCAUCGUGCAGGGGGGGCUGGACCCCGAGCUGCGCCUGCGCUGCAUCCGAGCCAUGACCCAGCGGGACGUGCCCGGUUUUGCCAUCGGGGGCCUGAGCGGGGGCGAGGCCAAGGCGCGCUUCUGGCGCACGGUGAAGCUGAGCGCCGAGCACCUGCCCCGGGACAAACCCCGCUACCUGAUGGGCGUGGGCUACGCCACCGACCUGGUGGUCUGCGUCGCGCUGGGCUGUGACAUGUUCGACUGCGUGUUCCCCACCCGCACGGCGCGUUUCGGUUCCGCCCUGGUGCCCUGGGGGUCCCUGCAGCUGAAAAAUCAGCAAUUCGCCAAAGAUUUCCGGCCCGUCGACGCCGACUGCGGCUGCCCCACGUGCCAGAGGUGGGCGGGGGGCUCUGGGGAGGGUCUGGGGGGGUCUCCGAGUGACACCUGCGUGGCCAUGGUGACACCUUUGUGGCCAUGGUGA